GCACAGGCCGCUCCCCCGGCCGCAUCUCCCGUUCUGUCCACGCACCGCUCCUGCCCGGCCCCCGCAGGCGGCCGUCUGCCCCAAACCGUAACUCAUUAAGCACAAACACACGGGGAAGGGCUCCUGGGUCCCUCCGCGCCGCGCGGGUGUGAGGCCGCGCCGUGGGCGGAACCUGAGCGGCCUGGAGCGCGUUCCCCGCCGGGCACGGAAACGCCGAGGAGCCGCGGCUUGAGGUGGGGGUUAACUGCAGUUACAACACAGGAUACAUCCAGAUACGAAUUUGGCUGUUAAUUUCAACCCUAUCGAUUGCCCUGCUGGAAGCAGCUCCUUUUAGUUACCAGCAUGGCUCUGUCUGUCACGUUGCUGAGCAUCGCAGGCUCACACAGUAGAUGCUGCAGACACAAAGUUUUGCAGCCCUUGCUUGGAACUGUCCGUGUUGACUCCGUGUCAAAAUGUUACAGCAGUUACCGGAGGCCGGGGGCGCAGCCUGAGGUGAAACCGUCUUGGCGAAACAUUGAUUUCAGCUUUAAGAAGGGCUUUGAUGCCUUAAAGACCCAGCUAAAGCUGCUGAAGCAGGAGACCAAAGAUCAUCUCACAGGACCUGAUGGCCAAUCAUUCAGUCAGUACCUGCUGGAACAGACGAAGGUGAUGUGGGAGUUUCGGAGCCAGGAAGAUUUAGAUAAAUGGGUUAUCUCCUCCGAUGUAGAGAUUGGAGGGAAAAGUGAAGUUCACCUAAAGCUGGGUAGGAACAACCAGGGUGCCAUGCUGUAUGGAGUACUCAAUACUGAAGUACCUCGGGAUGGGGAGACCAAAUACAGUGGAUAUUGUAGCAUGAGAGCCAAACCAGCCGUGGGAUCUUUUGCUAGGAAGAAGUAUUACGACUGGUCCAACUUCAACAGUCUGUAUUUACGUGUCCGUGGUGAUGGCAGAGCUUGGAUGGUCAACAUUUAUACAGACCCUUACUUCUCCCAUCAAAAGGAUGACCUGUACAACUACUUCAUGUUCACCCGAGGUGGACCGUACUGGGAGGAAAUAAAGAUUCCGUUCUCCAAAUUCUUUCUGUCCAGUCGAGGAAGAGUACAGGAUGACCAACAUCCCAUCUGGUUGGACAAGAUUAGUACCCUUGGAUUCACACUGGGAGAUAAAAUAGAUGGUCCCUUCCAACUGGAGAUUGACUUUAUUGGCCUGCUGAACGAUAGAGCUCACACAGAAGAAUUUGCUUAUGAAACAUAUGAAAGGAAUCCUCGAACCUAAGUUGGUCUUGCAUCCCUUGGAACAUUCAUCAGCUGCUUACUUAACGUGUGAGAACAUGCUUCAAGUUGUUACAAUUAUAUAAACAUGUAAACAUUAAAUGUUAAGUGGAUGAAGUGUUGACUCAGUAAUCUGACAAGACUGACACUGUUGGCAUCAUCAAGCUGCCAAUGCCAGGCUGAGAGCUUCCACCUACAGGAACUGGAAUACAGCCCGGUGAGAGCUGCACUACAUGCUUACCGUGUGCUAACUGCUGCCUGGAUAUAUUUUGACUUUUCUCCUGAUCUUUAGGGAAAUAAAAGUAUUUUGUUAAUGUA